GUUUUUUCUUGGCGAGGGCAAACGACAGCCUAGGAUCAUGUCCUUCACUUUUUUAUCCUCUACCCCUCAAAAUCUCGGUCCACCUCCCCCUCUUUUCAACGGAAAGAUCCAAUCUUUUUCCCCACGAUUCUCGUCGAUCCAUCUUCACCGACGAGCAUCAUCAGUAAAUGGGAAAUGGGUUCGUCGCAAGACAAGGUUCCAAGCGAAAUCAGCGGACUCUGAUGACCCAAUUAUCUCCGCCCGGGAUGCACAGAGUGGUGGUGGCCCUUCGACCAGCUUCUUGUCCGUGCUCUGUCCCCUGCUCAAGCUCUUUUCCGGAGGAGAUCCCUCCGGUCAAAGGAAUGACGCUUUGGAGGUGGCAACCUCUUCCUUGUCCACCUUGGCAAGAUUUCUGUGGGGUUCGAGAUCAGUAAUGAAUUUGAAAGAUGGUGAAAUCACGGUUUCAGAUCCUCCUCUGCCUUUGCAAUUGUUUGAAUUUGAGGCAUGCCCCUUUUGCAGGAGGGUCCGUGAGGCCAUGACUGAGCUAGAUCUUUCUGUCGAGGUCUAUCCUUGCCCAAAAGGGUCUGCAAGGCAUAGAGAACUGGUCAGAAAUCUCGGUGGUAAAGAGCAGUUUCCUUUCCUGAUUGACCCGAACACUGGCGUCUCGAUUUAUGAAAGUGGUGACAUAGUCAAUUACCUAUUUGAGAAAUAUGGGAAUGGUACAAGCCCGAGCACUGGGCUACUUGAAAGUACAUUAUUCACGGGAUGGAUGCCGACAAUUCUUAGAGCAGGUAGAGGAAUGACAUUAUGGGAAAAGGCAAGACGAGACCAACCGCCAGAAAUGUUGGAACUUUUCUCAUAUGAAAACAAUCCUUAUGCUCGAAUUGUUCGCGAGGCACUCUGCGAAUUGGAGCUCCCUUACGUCCUGCAAAAUGUUGGAGGUGGUUCUCGACGGGAAAAGAUACUGAUGGACCUAGCCGGAUCAAAAGAGGUGCCUUUCAUAAUCGAUCCUAACACAGGCACUAAGAUGGGUGACUACAAGAAGAUCCUGGAUUACCUGUUCCAGACAUACUCUUCUGCUACUCAGCAAGAUUAGGAGCGUAUAAAUGUACCUGUAGUCUGUACAAAAAUUUACAUCAGUUGGGCUAUGUUACUGCAUAUCUGCAGAUGUGCUUUGUGAUA